UUCUGGAUCAUCUACGUCCAUGGCGGCGCCUGGCGCGACCCCACGCAAGACUCUCUCUGCGUGGUGCCCACGCUACGUGCCCUGGUAGACAAACACGCAGGCUUGUUCCAGCAGAGUAGUGAACGCAGGAUAGCGGGAAUCGCAUCGCUCAACUACCGCCUGUCUCCAUAUCCAAGCCACUCAACCGAUCCCAGCGCGCCAGACGAUCAAGACAGGAACGUCAUGCAUCCGCGGCACGUGGAAGAUGUGCGAGACGCGCUUACCUACUUGGUCAAGGAGCUCGGUGUGCAGAGGUGGAUCGGCGUCGGGCACUCCUGCGGAGCGACGCUGUUGCUGCAAUUGCCGCUUGUCUGUACGGAGAAGGAGAGAGGGAUUCAGGACGACUUGAGAGGAAUGGUUCUGCUUGCGGGGAUCUACGACGUGCCUACCUUCCUGGCUGAACACAAGCCGCCAAAGUGUCCGGAGAACAUCGCGGCGAUAUAUGCGGACAUUGUUGCGGGGGCUUUUGGCGAGGACGAAGUGGUUCAUAGGGAUGUGUCCCCGGCGAGGGUUGGGAAAGGGAAUUUGUGGGGGACGCAUGCGGUGCUAGGGUAUAGUGCGGAGGAUGACUUGGUGGAGCCGAAGCAGAGGGAGAUGAUGCUUGAGCGAUAUGCGGAGGAGGGAUGGGUGCGGGGUGCGCAGGGUCGAGAGGCGGAGGCUGAGAAGGUUGUCGAUGCGAGGGAUUUGGUGAGGGGACAUGACGAGGUGUGGGAGGAUGGGGUCCAGGUGGCGGACUUGAUUGCUGAGGUCGUGGCGAAGGUUGAC